UGUUUGGGAUUGUUGUGAUAAAACGACGGAGCCAUCUUGGUUUAGUAGAGUUUCGGGGCACAUUUAGGAGAAGGGCGAACGACCGUAAGCCUCGCGCUCCUCUAGCUGGCCGGCGCGGCGGUCAUCCACGUCGCUGUCCGCUAAACAGUCUUAUCUGGUUGCGCGCUGACGCCGCUUUCGGUUGGGAAGAAUGCGCAGGAGUUUUAUUUGGCUGGUGUAGCUUAGAAACGUGGGACACGCAGCCCCGUGCAAAUCUCGGCGUGUGUUUGCGUGUGUGUGCGUGUGUGUUUCUUUUUUCAUUUCCGAGUGGAGGAGUUAGUAUGAAUGGAGGAUAAAUGUUGCCAAAGGCUGACAGCAGCAGUUUCGUCCUCUUCUCUCUUCUCUUUGUCCUUACCUUAACGGACCCGCCGCGAACAGGUCCGCGGCUAGCUCUGGCAAGAUUAUUGUCAGAGCAACGCUGCCCUGGGCAGUUUGCCUGCCGCAGUGGGAAAAUGCAGUGUAUUCCAAUGACCUGGCUGUGUGAUGGCUGGACGGCAUGUGAUGACAAGAGUGAUGAGAUGGACUGCCCCUCUGUGAAGGAGGAGAGGUUCCGGCUUGGCACUGACUUUGACCCAGUAGAAGAUGUUAUCGGUGUGGCCCAGCCUGUGCGCUUUAACAAGAAGUGCCCCAGUGGAUGGCAUCACUAUGAGAAAACAGCCAGCUGCUACAAAGUUUACCUAAGGAGUGAGAACUACUGGCAGGCUGUUGAUACCUGUCAGAAGGUCAAUGGCUCGCUGGCAACUUUUGUCACCAAUGAGGAGCUGCAGUUCAUACUGAAGAUAGAGAUCGAAUUUGAUGAGAAAGUCUGUGAGAGAAGGGACCAGUGCAAGUUUUGGGUGGGCUACCAGUAUGUAAUCACCAAUCAGAACCACUCCCUAAAGGGACAAUGGGAGGUGGCAUAUAAAGGGUCCAUGAAGGUUUUCCUGCCGCCAGAGGGCCUAACUAAAUUUGAGGAGGCAUCUCCCACCCAGGAAAAUGUCCUCUGUGCCCAGCUGCAGCGUUUUCAGUUCAAAAGCAUGAACGAGCGUGGUCUGCACAGCUGGCAUGCUGAGAACUGCUACAAGAAGUUUCCCUUUCUUUGCAAGAGGAGGCAAACAUGUGUGGACAUAAAAGACAAUGUUGUAAAUGAGGGUUACUACUUCACCCCCAAAGGUGAUGAUCCUUGUCUGAGCUGCACAUGUCAUGAUGGUGAGCCAGAGAUGUGUGUGGCUGCACUGUGUGAGCGGCCGCAGGGCUGCCAGCAUUUCCGUAAGGACCCCAAAGAGUGCUGCAAAUUCACUUGCCUAGAUCCAGAUGGAAACAGUCUGUUUGACUCCAUGGCCAGCGGGAUGAGAUUAAUCGUGAGCUGCAUCUCCUCCUUCCUCAUCCUCUCUUUGCUGCUCUUUAUGGUGCACAGGCUCCGCCAGCGACGACGUGAACGCAUUGAAACCCUUAUUGGAGGAAACUUACAUCACUUUAACCUUGGAAGACGAGUCCCAGGCUUCGACUAUGGCCCUGAUGCUUUUGGCACUGGCCUUACUCCGCUGCACCUGUCUGACGAUGGAGAGGGAGGGGCUUUUCAUUUUCAAGAGCCUCCUCCACCAUAUGCAGCCUAUAAAUACCCUGACAUCCAACACCCCGACGACCCACCUCCUCCGUAUGAGGCCUCCAUUGACCCUGACAGCCUUCUCUAUGUGGACCUGGCACGGAGCGGGGUUCCCAUGGUGCCAAGUCAGAUGAACACAAUGGUGGACAGGCUCCAGGCAGACGUCCCAAAUGCCUCUGCUCCUGUGGGAGAUUCGGUGCCGUCAUCUCAGGAGAGGGAGGAUUCAAUUGAUAGCAGCACACUCCUGGUGGGGCCCGACACCCCCACAGACACCCAUGCCCCCGAGUCCAUGCCUGCAGACUGCAGCAGCAGCUCCUCUCUUAGCACAGUGGUAUAGGACUGCAGAUGAAUCAAAAGGAGCCGCGUCUGGACAUACUUGGAGGUUAAGGGUCACGAGUGCAGACUGUUUCAUCCAUUGCUCUGUGGAAGGAUGCAACAGCCUGGUCUAAGUAACAUUUAGGAAAGUGGUUUACUGCAAAGAUGAGGAUUUGACCGUUUGUACAGAUCAUAUCACAGCUUUCUCUCUGAGGUAGAACAGAUAAACGAGGGUGCCAGUCCGACGUCGCUUCCCUUCUUCUCUACCGGGGGCACACCCAAAUCUCCCGUUCACGUCGGAGAGAGAGAAGUGAGAGAAACUUCUUCUUUUUUUCUUUUUUUUUUCCUUUUGCCAACUGGUAGGAGACCAGCAUGUGAGGGAGCGUAAAGGACGGUUUCUGUGCAGAGACAAAUAACACUAAAAAAAGCCGGCGUGGCUGUGGUUUGGCUUUUAGUUUCCACUGGACGAGGCUUUCAAUUUGUCUGAGAUUCAGCCUCACGUCAGCAGACCCUGAUGUAAAUACCCCUUUCAGGUUUAUGCCUGUGGAAUUUGUUGUAUCUUUUUUUUGUCAUAAUCCGACACGACUUAAGUGAUGAAGGAGGAACAGUCAGGCACGUCAGUGUUCCUUGUGUAUUUUGUUUGCAUCAUACCAUUAUUGCAAUAUUGUACCUUAGGUUUCCAGAAUUGAGAUGUUGUGAUGAUUAGCCUGCCUGUUGCAGUGUGUCCCGGAUCUUUUAUCUUCACUCACUGAAUAAAAUUAAUUUCCCCCUUCACUUUCUCAUCAGACCGACUCAUCCGGCUGUCUUCCAGGUUUAUAGUAAAACUUUGCAGUACAUAUAUACAUGUUUUUGCAGUUCUGAGGGAUGCAGCGGGAGGUCUGUUAACCUUGUAGACGUAAGGGAUCGUUGCCAUUAAAUUGCAGCCUGUUUGUCUACCGUGUUUCUUUUUUCUUGGGUAAUGCCAUACCGUAGCGUCAUGCAUCCAGAAUGCUGAUGAACUAUAUAUGUAGAAAAAGAAACAAACCGGACAUUUAUGUAGAAAUUCCUAGUUUAGCUAAGUAUUGUGCUGUUAAGCCAAUAUUUCAUGACGGGCUGUAAUCAUGACUUUAUAAUGGGUAUGAACAUCGUGUAUCAAUUUCAUACUGAUCAGCAAGUGAAAGCAAUGAAGCUUUUCAAAUGUAUGUUUUAGUAAAGGAAUUUAAUUGCUGUCAUGAAAUCUGACGUUACCGUGUUAUUUCAGUAAAAUCCUUCUUUGAUUAAUACUUUCAUCUUGGGCUGUUUCCAACUCUUUGCUAGACAUAUUUGAGUGUUUGCUAACCAAAUCAUGUUAAAUGAUUCAAAAUUCAAUUCUGUGCAUUGUCGCCCAUUGAUUACCUUGUACUUAUUGGUCGGUUUGCCUUUACUCUUAUUGUUAAACCUGUUUCACAGCUGAAAGUGAAAACGAGGAAAGGAAAUUUCUCAGUUGUCAUAUUUGUAUGCAGCCCCUUAAUCAAUAAUGUGUUUUGUUUUUUUGUUGUUUUUUUUUUUUGUGGGUAUGAUUCUUUAUACGGUACAUCGGUCAAUUUAAUUUAGGUUAUCUACUUGGUGAAGACAUUAUAAUUAUACUGGAUUAUAUACCUGAUGAGCUAUAUACACUCGCUGUUUUGUUUUUUAUUGGUUUCCUGUCUAGUCUGACAAAGUGUCAUGUGAACAACUGGAAACAAAACUAAACUCUCGCUCUGUGUGUACAUAUAUAUAUAUACACACAUACACACACCAAUUACGACAAUCAGUUGAUAAAUAUAUUUAAACAUAUAUCAGCUGAUUGUCAUCAAUUGGUUCCAUGUAUAUAUUGAACCAAUUAUGACAAUCAGUUGAUAAAUAUAUAUUAAAAUAUAUAUAUUUAUUUAAAUAUAUUUAUAAACUUAUUGUCAUAAUUGGUUCUAUAUAUAUAUGCAACCAAUUAUGACAAUCAGUUGAUAUAUAUGUAUGUAUGUAUGUACAUAUAUAUAUAUAUGUGUGUGUGUGUAUGUAUAUAUAUAUAUAUAUAUCAACUGAUUGUCAUAAAUGGUUAUAUAUAUGGAACCAGUUAUGACAAUCAGUUGAUCCACUCAGCAGGAGAAAUGAGGACUGAGAGUGAGUUCAAGCACGGCAGUUAUUUUUGUUCACCUGUGGAGAUUUAACAGCAAAAAAAGUUGGAGCGGUUAUUUUGCCUGGCCUGGGAAAGCAAAGCACAACCAGGGUGGUCGUUGUCUAGCUAAACGUAUACCGGCCCUUCAGCCCAGACCCAGACCCACUGGAGGCAGGGCUUAGAUCACCUCGAUGGAAACCUGGAGUAUAUCACCACCAGCAUAGAUGUGGUUUAUGAUCUGCCUUGAGGAGAGCACCUCUGUGUGUAUUUGUGUAAGAAAGUGUGUGUGUGUGUCUGUGUGUGCGUGCAUGACUGAAUCAAAUGGUUGAAUGAAUGUGCCAUUGCAUCCUUUUUAUUUUUGUGUGUUGGUCGUUGGAUUUAUUUUAGUUUUAUUGGCGUAGACAAUCCACGGUGGAUUAUCUAAGGUUCUGCAAGGAAGACGUGUUCCUGAGUUGUGUUGAAGUAAUGUGUGCAUGUGUAUAUAGGCAAUGGUGUAUUAGUUUGGACUGAUUGUCUUUUUCUUUUUUGACAGAGGGCUUUUUUCUUCUUUCAACAUGGUUUUGGACCUAUGGUGCAUGUUUUUAUUUUUGGGCAUGCUGAGAUUUUUAGACAAAACUGUUAUUUGUUUGUUUGUUUUUUCUGGUUUAUUUUCUCUAGUUUCAGGCAUAGCUCUCAGAUACUGAUCUUAUAUUUCAAUAUUUCAAUUUGCAUUAAAAACCCCGGCUACACCCCCAAACAGCUGCAUUUACACUCGUUUUUUUGUGUGAUUAGACUACGGUGGCGUGACAACUACUUGUAUUGGCUAUGAAAAUGUUUUAUGUGUAUUUCAACAAAUGAUGCGUUUCUCUGUCUUUUAUUUCAUAACUUAAAAUUGUAAAAUGCUUCAUUUGCUGGGGGCUUGUGUUUUGUUUUUGUUUUUUCUGAGGUAGAUGUUCAUCUAAUCAAAUGCCAAAUAAAUUGCACCAUGAAGGACAA